AUGUCGGGCCACGAAAACCGUUCAACAGCGUUGGGCCACGAAGAGCCGCCUGAGCACGGGGCCAUAAAACAGAGGACAAUGUCGAGGCUCUCCCCAAAUACGAGCGCCUCUGAUCUCCGCGGCGGGCGUCGCGCUCCACCGCCGCCGAUAAUCGCCGCCUACCGCGUCCUGGGCGCCCCACUCGAAAACCGACCCAAAGACCUCGCCUCAAAGCUGGUUAUCCCGGAACCGUGGCGGAUUCCGUCUCCCUUGCGGCUGCGGUGCCAACAUCCACCAGUAGGCUGCCGAGCGAAAUGCAACUGUAUCGGCGGGCGA